AUGCAGUUCCUUCUUGGUGUUUGGGCUCAAGAAUUGCAUGCCAAAGAAGAUUAUGUGAAGGCCAGUGUGCAGGGUAAACUGAACAGUGCUGCUUAGAAACAGGCUGAGUCCUGUCUCAGACCCCUUUUCAGAAAGCUACAGAAAAGGAAUCUUCCUGCUGAUAUUGAAGAAUCUAUAACAGAUAAAUUCAUGUUGCAGAGAGAAUAUGUGAAGGCUAAUGAUGCAUACCUUCAGAUGGCCAUUGGAAAUACCCUUUGGUCCAUUGGUGUCACUGUGAUUGAUAUCCAUGCCAGAACAAGUAAAGUUUUCUCCAGGCAUGUUCCACAUGUUUUAAAUGAUGAAACACAGUAG